UUCAACGUGGCCAAUCACGAACAAACACUCCAAAAACAAACAGCAAAGUUGGUGCUCAAUCGAAGCUUGGAAAUUCCCUUCUAUCCAGAAACCUUCUUCCUUCCCAUUUCCACUCAAAGAUUUCGCAAACCUUCCGUUGCGAUCAUCGCCAUAAUGUCUGAUCUCGACGCCACAACUCCUCGUGUCUUCCUUGCUCGACAUGGCGAAACUGAAUGGACCAAGAACGGUCGCUAUACAGGAAAGACUGAGCUCGACCUCACCCCCGAUGGCGUCCGGCAAGUCACAAGCACAGCAGCACAAUUCGUUGGCCACAGAAAAUUAAUCGAUCCGGCCCACGUUGCACGCGUAUGGGUUAGUCCGCGAAAGCGCACGCGGCAGACAUUCCGAUGCCUUUUCGACUGUUCUGACGUCAGUAUCGCCGACAACAAAGUCACUUUCACGGAAGAUAUCACUGAAUGGGACUAUGGCGAUUACGAAGGCUUGCUGGUGGGUGAGAUUCGAGCGGGUCGGGUCGAGAGAGGGCUGGAUAAAGAGAGAGGUUGGAAUAUUUGGAGGGAUGGAUGUGAGGGUGGCGAUUCUGCUCAGCAGGUGACGGGCAGAUUGGAUCGACUAAUCGCAGAGAUUCGCGAUAUUCAACGACCGUAUAUGAAUGGCGAGAAACCUGUUGAUGUAGUUGUCGUCGCACACGGCCUUAUCUUGCGCUGCUUCGUGAAGAGAUGGCUGGGUUAUCCACUAGAUAUGCCAUUGACAUUAAUGUUAUCACCAGGGGGGAUUGGCAUUCUUAGCUAUAAGAAUCGCGACAUAGAUGAACCAGCCCUCUUCAUUGGUAUAUCCAUCCCGCCGCUGGAGGAUUAG